AUGAUAAGCUUGAUCGCGCAGGUACGGUCUCGGAGAGAUUCCUCCCUUGCGUUUUUAUAUCUUUGGUUUCUACGCAACGACGCCGUCGGAGCCGCCCCCUCUUCUUCUUUCCUCUCCGUUUGUCUGCGAAUUUUCUUCCGUUGGAAUGCCUGGAGCGAUAGAACCCUCCCUCCGAUGUGAUCGGACUUCUGGUCUCUUCCUUUCGCUCUUUCGUUUUGUUUUUCCCAGAAUCGCAUUAACAGCCGGACUCUUCUGGUUUAUUUCCUUUAUUUUCUAUCCGCAGGAGCGUCUUCUCGGCUUCGCCUUGGGGGGUGCUUUCGUGGGCGUCACCGUCCUGGAGCAGAGGCGGGCCAUCCGCAGGUCCAUACCAGCCCAAAACCUUGCCCCAGCCAGCCCCGAGGUAAACUCUAAUAGAAUGCCUCCCCGGUAUUUGGGAAAAAUUCCUGUUCCCAAUCAUAUACUCGAUUAUUUUCUGCUCCACUAACCCUCCUCUCCCUCACUGAAGAAAUGUGGCCUGACCCAUCGAAUCUCAUUCGACCGGUCCUUCUGAUGUUGCUCGUGCCUUGCUUGGCUCGAAUCCCAUCCGGGUUUGGCCUCUUCUUUAUAGGAGAGCUUGUGAAGACCUAAAUUUCUGCAAAAGUGAGCUCUCUUCUGCUUUCAGCAUACUUGUUAGCUCGAAGGGCAUCCUCGCGUCUAUUGAUUUCGUCCUAACGCCCCUUGUCAAUUUGAAUGCUUCCGUUAUAUGCGAAACAGGCCCAAAUUGAUUUCUUAGAGGGAGCAGUUUCAGGGGCUCUAGGUUGGCACUGGUAAGAUAAAGUGCCUUUGAUGGGCGUAUCUUAGGUUGUCCCCAUCACUAUCCUGAGAGCAACCUAGUUGCAUUUUGAAAUAGGUUAACCCUUGUACUGAAAGCUAUAUUUCGUUAUGCAUGUUUUAGCAUUGAGAAGGUAAUUAAAAUCAUUGAUCCAUGUGUCAGAAGUAGGGACUCUCUCUCUCUCUCUCUCUCCCUCUCCCUCUCCUACCCUAUCUAAAGCAAUGCUGUCUUUGUGCUUACUAAAAUGAGUCUUCAUCGAGUAUACGUCAAAGGAUAGUCGGUUUUCUUAUUACGAACACUACGGCAAUAAAUCAUUGCUGUAAAUUAUUUUCCUUGUUUUUUUUUUUUUUUACUCCAAAAAAUUAUAACGUAAAAACCUUGGCGGUCCUAGCUAUCUAUAGAGCAACCUUCUUCUUUGAUCAUACUUCAAUCCAUGAAUUUUUUAUCUAAGUUAUUAGUGCUUUAUAAAUUAUUUUCCUAAAAUGUCAAAGAGCAUGGCACAGGAAUGAGGGCUCAGGUGCUGUUCCAUGCAGUUUUGGUUGAAUGACAACUUAAACAUCUUUGACGGGUUCAAUUCAAUUGCUCCAAGUUCUGCACAGUUUGGAACAAGUUGAACUUAUGCAGGGAAACCAUUGUGUCGAGAAAUCGAAUGACUUUCAGGUUUAAGUUUGAAUCAUUAGGAACAUAUUUAUGACACCUAAGCAAUGAAGACGAAGAAGUCUGAAUCUAGUAACCUAGGUCCAAAAACUUGUGUAGUUUACGAACUAUCUUGUGCUUCCUGCCUUCAUUAUCUUAAUAUCGAAGGUUCAGAUCCAAUACGAUUAGUUCUGAGAUUCUUAGGAAGGAUCGACAAGACAACAUGUCAUUGUAUUCUUGUAUCAAUCAUGAUUAUGUCUUGCAUUUGUGAACGUUUUAUGUCCAUAUGUCUAUUGUCUUAAAAUCAAACUGUGGGAUGUUCCAUGUGGCCUAAAAAAUGUUUUUAUUUCUCAGAAAAAUGAGCAAACAUUACACGGACAACCAAUUUUUUUUCAGUGGCCUGUAUCUUCUCUUCCCCCAGUACUGUGGCCCUCUCUUACUUAAGACUUUCAUUGUCCACAUCUUAAGCUGUCGGAACUGCUGCCACGUUUUGUUCAUCUCUCCCCAAUACUUUGUUCUUGGCUAGGACAAUGAAUUGAUUAGUUUUGGCACCAGCACCAACCUUGUGUCACAUCUUUUUCUAUCGUAGAACAUUUUAUAGCUAUUCACCACUUAACAAAUUUCGCUAUGGAAAAUAUCUAAUGAAAUUAAACUUACAUGUGAAAUCCACAACAAGACCAAUGUGGGAUGAUAGCAGAUUCCUCAACUGGGACUCUUGAGUGCACUCGUCUUCGUUUAGUUCAGAGGCACGUUUUAUGUAUGGAUCAGUAUUGAUGCUUUUGUCAGACUUCCUCCUGACCGACCUUAUCUGAUGUUGUGAAUCAUUUUAUGGUAGAUUCUCUGCCAUUCUCUAUACAUUUUUUCUAGGAACUAAAGCGUGGAAAACUCGUUCCACUGUCGCGAGAUGGAAUAUUUCAGAUGAUCGGCAGUCUGAAUAUCUGCUGGAACAUGUUAUUUUUCUAUUUCAAAGGGUCUAGUUGUUUGUCAUGCAGCCUUUCAAUAUUUCUAUGCAUAUAAAUGUGUUUCUUGAGGUGACGAAUUUGCAAGUUAAUCGACUAGUACUGGUAUAUUUCCGGAAUUUGUCGUGAGAAUUGAUGGAUGAUACAGUUUUUUUGUUUUUGGUCAGCUGACCUGAUUCAUGAUAUGCACCCAACUAUAUCAGACUUCUUGCCUCUUCACCCUCAUUCUUUGGGAAUUCCUGAAAAAUAUUUGAAGUCACUCCAAUAAUCGUUCGAGGUGAAAUUUAUGUGCCCAAGAUGGUAGUUGUCCGGAUGAAAGCUGGCUUUAAAAGGCUCUCUUGGGCAGUCAGCUGUUGGAAAUUUUAUGUUGGCCUGCCAUUUUGCAUUACCUUGGGGGUUGACCCAGGCGGGAUCUUUUGUCUAAUCUGGCGCACCCCAGAUUACAGUGUAGGAAUUGUAACCCUGGAUAUGCAUAUAUGCAUAUUAUUAACGUGAAAUUUCGUUAAUAAUAUAUGGGAUGGUCAAUUUCAGGCCUUCUUUCUCGGCACCUGUCCCGGGUCUUGUGCAGGUCAGUGCAGGGACACUUUCUGUGGGACUACUCUUUGGUGAAGAAGUGAAAGAGAGGUCCUAGUGGUCGAGCUGCAUAGGCAUUCUUCCCCAGUGGCGCAGUCAGCAUUGAUGUACAUAUUUCCUAGGGUGAUCUCCCAAGAGGACAGUUCCCAGAAAUAUAAGGCGAAUACUCGUGAAAGGAAACUUUGGGAGUCAGAGUGACAAAAAAUCUGGAGAGGCACGAAGUGGCGAACUUGUGCCCAUAGACAUUGGCCGUUAUAGUUUUGUCGAAGGGCUUAUCUGUGGUCUCUGUUUCUUUCUCAAAGCACAUCAUGGUGCUUAUUUUCUUCAGUCACAAUGGAUUUGGUUAUGGGUUUUUCAGGAAAGGCUGAUCUCCAGUCUUAUUGUACAGUACAGUUGAGAAAAUGAGGGGGGGGGGAGGGGGGGUGGGGAGACUGGCUGAUGAACUGAUGAAACCAGUUCUCUCGGAAGGCUACAUUCUGUGGCUUGCAGAAAAUAUGCUUAGAACUUCUCCCGCUUCCUCGUUGCCGUUGUCUGGAUUUCGUCAGAUUGUUUAUCGGUAGCCCAAAUGGCUUAGCGAGGCUUUCUUCCGGUAUUUUAUUCCCUUCUGCAUCUAUAAAAUUGCCAAUUCCGUUAUCGGUCUUUGACGCGGGACCCUGACUCCUUGCAAAUUGACCGUCUGUCUUGCAGCCGAACCCGCUUCUGAGCAGGAAAAAACUCGACGUUGACAUGGUGAAUCUGUGGAACAAGGCAGUCGAUAGGUCGUUGGCUCCAUUAAUUGCAGCCCUCAGCUCCCGCGGGUGGUGA